CACCACUCGUGCCCACUUCUAGCAUGGAUAUCCCCUCGGCCGAUGCCGUCCCAAGGGAACCUGUCCACACCCCAUCUCUGCUCAUAUCAUGGCAGCUGACUCACUGCACACCGCGCCUGUCCUACACAUGCCAACCAUGGGAAUGCUGGACCUGCGGCUUGUGUUUGGACACAUACUCGGGGCUUGGAAAGCAGCAGGAUAGACCCUACACGAUUUAACAUGGCGAAUAUAAAGUUGUUGCCUCCCUUCGGGAAAGAUACCGCUCAGAAGGCACCUAGUUGAUUGAGAAGGUACUCGCAUCGAAUCCCUCAUCAAAUUCGCUUUUCAACUUCGUCGGCGAUGCAUUUCUCGCGCUUCAUCCUCGCCGCAGCACUCGGUGCUACCUUCGUCGAGGCCUCUUCAGCUGGUCAUCGUGGCCCUCCGUCUGACAGCGAUGAUGACAAUACCAAUAUCAAUUCCCCGUCUGGGCCCAGCGACGAGCCCUCUGCUCCCAGCGAUAUCACCUCAACACCAUUCCAGAGCUCCUCCGCACCAAGCAACCCCCCCUCGCUCCCCAGCAACGGCUCCUGCCCUCCCGUCUGGAACGAUGUCUCCUCGGCUUUAAGCGCCGUCUUCCUCGAUAACGGCCAAUGCAGCGAUCUCGCCCGCGCCGCCAUUCGAUACGCCUUCCACGACGCCGGCGCCUUCUCCAUGAGCCUGCCCUUCUACCCCCCUGCGGCCGGCGGCGCAGACGCCUCGCUUCUGCUCUCCCCCGACGAGAUCUCCCGCGGCGAGAACAACGGCCUGCAAAAGUACCACGGCUUCCUGCAGCACUUCUACGCGCAGUACCGCGACCGCGGCGUCGGCGCCGCAGACCUGAUCCAGUUUGCCGGCGCCCACGCCAUCGCUACGUGUCCCUCCGGGCCCGUCGUGCGCGCCCUCGUCGGCCGGACCGACGCGACCACCGCCGCGCCGCCGGGUCUUCUCCCUGCCGGCUUCGGGCCAAACUCCGCCCAGGACGUUCUCCUAGCCCUGUUUGAGGACAAAGGCUUCAGCGCGACGGACCUAGCCGCUCUCAUCGGCGCGCACACGGCCUCGCGCUCCUUCACGCAGAGGGAAAUCCGCUCCGGCACGCCGCAGGACUCGACGCCGGGGCAGUGGGACGUGCGCUACUACGCCGAGACGUACGACCCGCCGCGAGGCGUGCAGUCCUUCGAGUCGGACAUCAACCUGUCGAGCCCGAACACGACUGUUGGCCGCGAAUUCGCCGCCUUCGUCGGCAAUCAGGGCAAGUGGAACGGCGCGUUUGUGGCUGCGAUGGAGCAUCUGAGCGUGCUGGGUAUUCCGCAGGAGGAUGUUGCGCGCUUCGUGGACUGCACCGGUGCGCUGCCGAAGGGGACACAUGCUCGUAAUGUGAGGGCGAUGCCGAUUAAUGAUCGUGCGCGAUGAGUAAGGUUCGGUCGUGUGGUUUUUGCUUCUUUAUUACUUUCCGGCGAUCUUAAUUCGGUGAUGGAGCCGGGCAUUCAGGAGCGCAUUGUCGGGUUCGAGUUGAAGCAUGUAGAAGCCCUUCCAUUCUCCACUUUCUACUUCUGCUGCCUGCAUGUAGACAGUCCGAUAGCAUUCUGGUUUCCUUGAUGACGUGUAGUCGGUUGCUCUUUGUUUAGUUA